UGCUUUCCCCUCUGUCUUCUUCUGCUUUCAUUCUGACUGAUUGGCCGGAAGCCAAACAACCUGACGGCUCCAAAAGCUUUUCACAUCAGCAGACUUGUCACCAUGGCAACAAAGCCCAAGGCCUGGCAGGAACAGGGUCCUGUCAACUCACUGGACGAGUGGGUCAAUGAGACCGGGGUGCAGGGUGAAGAGGGUGCACCCAUAACUCUCAGCUCCCUCCUGCAAGACAAAAAGGCACCCAAGGCAGAGCCUGAGGAGGACAUAGAUGUCCUGGAGCCUGAAGCUGAAGUCACAGCUCAGCAGGAGAACCAAACGACUGAUGCUGCUAAAAUAAAAAGUCAUGAAUCCAAAAAAAAAGGUCGGAGUACUCGCAGAGAAACACAAGAAAUCGUGACAGAAUUAGAGCAAGUUUGCAAAAAACUAUCAGGACCGUUUUUAACUCAAGAGGAAUCUAAAGAGCUCGUUGAUCUGUGUGAGGAGGCUUUCCCACCUCCCCUUUCCAAAAUCUCAGCAGGAGAACUCUCUGAGAAAGUGGGUUUUUCCAGCUUAGAGGGUGAGGUAACAGAGUGGAUCAGUGAUGUCGAGUUAAUUUCAAACCCUGCAGAUGACCUCAACUCUCUUGAUAGCCAGAAUAGUCAAGAGAUGCCUCAGCUCAUUGAGCCAGUUGAUCAGGAGGAAAUGAUAAGAGAUAUUGUGAUGGCAGAGGCAAAUGUUACACAGCUGAACUUCAUGGCAGAUGGCAUUAGUCCCAGUAACACUAACAAUAACAAGUCACAGCCUGCUCACCAUUCUGCCUUUGAUAGUAACAACUCUGGUGAUGUAAAUGCUGUGAGCUCCCCUCCUUUUGCUGAUGAAAGUGAAGAAGAAGAGGAGCUGAUUGAUCAUAUCUCUUGUCAGCAGCAGUGGAAUACGCUAGAUAUCUGCAGCACGGCCUCCCAACCUUCACAUUCUGUCUCAGAUUUAACUUAUCAAGGCCCAGUCCUUCAUGCAACUCCCUCAGUUGAACAGCAGGAGGAGCUGUUGCCCCAAAGCCAUGGUGAACUUGCCCACAGGGGAGAAAACCAGGAAGCUGCACAACAGGUGCUUGGCCAGAGAUCUCCACCUUUGUCAACCGUUGCCAUGGUGCUGUCCAAUCAGGGUAGGGCAACUCCUCAAGGCUCUGGCUGUGUUGUAUCACUGAGUGAAAGGCUCAGCAGGGCGGGGGAAAGAACAGAGGGAGAAAACCAACAAACAGGUGUAGAGGAAGGUCAGAAAGAGAGCAGACUUGAAAGGAACAAGCCAGGUGGACAGCAGCACUACAGAGGACUGUUAUAUUCACAAACAGUCAAGGCGCAAGAGAUAAAGCCGGAACAGUAUACCUGUGGUGUGUCUCUUAAACAUAGCAGACACACUAGGAUGGAGUAUGACUCCUGUGAAGAUAGCCAGAGUGACAGUGGAGUGUCAGCGGACUUCUCUCCAUACAGCACUAUGGACAGCACCACCACCACCAUUACUACAGGCACUACAGCAACUGUCUCCAAAGAAACUCCCAUUGAGAGGGAGAUCCGACGGGCUGUCGAGCGUGAACUGAGUCUAAGAAGGUCAAGAGGGCUUCCGAAUCCACCCGCGUCUCCAGAGUAUGUAGAGAUCCCUUUAAGAAAAAGUGUUCUAUCCCAGUCACUACCUAAAUCCGAGAGGCAUCAAGGCAAAGACAGGGAGUUGGCUGGUAAAAAGAUGAAGCAUGAGAUCCAUGCGGAGACCCAAAGGGAGGAGGAUCUGGUCAAGCUCGGGAAAGUUCCGGGUUUUUAUGACAAGGGCACAGUCCGGCAAAUUAAAGAGAAGAAAGAUCUUUUUGAGGCCUUUCAGACACCCAGUGACUCUGGUUUUACACCCAGAAGUAUGGCCUCAUCCUGGUCGUCCGCCAGCGAGACUUCAACUGUGGAGAACCAGGAGGACCUUUCAGCACAGGUGUCCCCAACAAGAAGCUCAUAUGUGGAGAGGAGACGCAGCUUAGAUCUGCUGAGUCCCAUACAGUCCCCAAACUCUGCCAAGGGAGUGGUUCAAACCGAUUCCACUCCCAGAGGACCAGGGUUCUCUGAAGGAACGGGAUGUCAGGUCAUCAUCUUAGAGAGUAAUCUGAGAAUCCCAGCAGAGAAUCGUUUCCACAUCAAACCAGAAGCAAAGGCAUUUACUGCUUCCAACUCUGGAAAACCUGUCAUCUCAUCAUCUGAGAGUGGAGGACAUGAUGGGCUAACAGUGAGAGAGAAGGAAAAAGAGAAGGAGGUAGUGCCCACUGAGAACCCCUUUUUCAAGCUGCGUUCUUCUACAAAUUUAGUUAAAGUGAAGCAGGAUAUUCAGGAGGCUCAAGAGAGGGAGAAGGAGCUUCAGAAGCAGAGGAUCAGCCUGUAUGGAGGCAGUGGGAGUGCAGACAGAGGAGGAAGAGGGAGGCCGAUCAGCAUGGAAGUAAAGAAUUCGAUGUUGUCCUCUCCAUUUAAUGGCCUGGUGGUUCCUGACUUACCUGGGUCAUCAUCCAGGGGGGUAACUGGACCUUCAGCAGCACGCCAGUCAGUCGGCAAGCCGUGUGUGUGGCCCCCGGCCCAGCCUGAAGACGAGAAGAUUAAUCGGCCAGAGAUCCCCCAGAGUCCCCGGACCCCCAGGCAGAAGACUCCUCUAGUGCAGCGAUGGGAGUCAGGCCUGGUCAAUGGGCACAUCACUGAAAAUGACUGAGAAAGUUUCCAGAGACUUAUAGUUUUUUAAGUGGAGGGCUGAAACAAAAAAGGAGAGCAGUGUAGGGAAAGAGGGAGCAGACUGCAGGAGGGGAACAGUGACGAAGAGGAGGACAGAGAGAGAAUGUGAAGUGAGAAAGAGGUCAGGGAUUGAGGCUAGAAAGGGGGUCAGGAGGAUUGGGAGCAAGAAAAAAAUGAUGCGUGGUGGAGUGAAAACCCUAAAGAGUCCUUGAGUGAAGAGGAGAGAAGCUGGAGGAGGAGGGCCAUCUAUGAGGAGAUAAGCGUGGGACCUGCAUCUGGUCUGAGACUAAGGAAUAUGAAAAGGCAAAUAAUCAUAAAACUGCAUUUGAGGAACAGAAAAAUGAAGAUUUUUUCAAGAACAGGAUUUUUUUAAACCUUUAUGAACUUUCUUCCACUGAAAAUCUGGAACAUAUUAUUAUUUUUGAUGAAAAAACCGAGAACAACAAUCAAUAGUUUUAUGCAUUUAUUGAUGUCUUACACUGCGAUACAAUUUUAUUGUACCUGUGCAAUGUAAUACAGUUUUAUACAAUAUCUAUGCAAGAAACUGAUCUUCGUCUCCCUCAGUCCUUUGAGGUUUUAUUGAUGCUGUAUCAGAAAACUGCUGAUUGAACUUUGUGGCCAUUUUAGAGACUAUAGCUAGUGGUAGAUUUUUAUUUGAAUGUGCUAUUUUAUCCUUAGAUUUAUGUAUAAAAGUAGGCAGAAUAUAAAAAAUUAACACCCCCAAAUGACCAAUGAUAUGAAAAUAAUUUGUUACAGGGUUACAGUAUUUUAAUGCAGUGUUUAGGAGUUCCCAAUAAACUGGUAAUCUUGUGCAUAUAAACAUUUAGAUAGAUAUAGAUUGAUCUGAGUUAUUGUAAUGGCUUCAAACCAAGAAAAUCAACUUUUUAUUAUUUGUUUAUCAUUGUUUUUGAAGCUGGAUUACAAUGAAAUAUAGCACUUUGAAGAAGCAAAGUUGAUCUCAGUCGUGGAGCUGAAUGACAUAACAUAACGAACUCCUAAAGUUUAGGUAAUUGCUGCUCUGUUGUACUUAUUGUAUGCAAUAAGUAUUGCGUUUUUGAAAUGAAACCUGAUGCACAAACCUAA